UGUUGAUAUCAUUUUAUAUCAAGUAGUUAGAUAUAGUUAGUAGUGUAUGAUGAAAUAUGUAACAUACCUUAAACAUUAUUACAUUUUAAUAUUGUAUUACUAUAUAUUAAUAUAUUCAUGUUUUUGCAUUGACAUCUUAACUCAUAAAUACUACUAUUAUUUUAUUACAAUAAAUAUAUCAAAUUAUUUGUACCAUCAUAUUUACGACUCAUUUCAUAACCCACCCACUUCGCCCAUGUGGGGCGUGAACUACAUACCACAACCUUGCAUGUUUCUCAAGAGAUGGCGCUUUUACUUACUUUAGUCGCGCCUAAAAAUACUAUUUAUAGGUAUACAUUAGAAAUAGCUGCUAGUACUCCUGCUAGCUGCUGUACUACUCAUUUUGUUCCUAGUAAUCAGUAUAAUUGCCCUAUCAGGUAAUUCAAAUUUAGAAUUACAUAAAGUGUAAUCUAUCACGUAUGUGCCUUUAUCCAUGUAGUAAGCAGAGGAGUGCUGCUUGCUAGUCCUCCCUAUAUUUCGCAAGUUCUUUCAAACCUUUUUUAUAAUUUAUUGUCUUACUUUCAAUAUUUCUAUUACCUAUUCGCAAAAUACUUCUGUGGAAACAAUUAAAAUCUGAAAUAAAUUACUUGUUGAUGCAUCCGUUACAUGCAUACCAUGAAUAAUUAUAUUUAUAGCGUAGAAAAUGAUUUACACUUGAGAACUUUUUAUUUUAUUUUUUAAAUAAAUUAGAAUUGGAACAAAAUUUAUCGCAACAGGCGCAGUGGUUUACCGCAACGGUUGGCGCAGUUCACGCCCGUUUUAGGCAUUGUGUUUAAUGAAACUAAGUAUAUAACUCGUUUUGUUCAACUUUACUAUCAUAGAUGCAUUAUAAAUUCUAUGUCAGUGUAAAGUUAUGAACUAUGAGUAACAUUAAUUGAUUCAACCGAUGAAGUUCAACUGAACGAGGGUUUAUCGCUAUUUAGAGGGUACAAAUCAUUGGGUCGUUUCUCAACUCUAGCAAUUAAUUCUUCUUAGGUACGAUUAACCUAUGUAUUAUAUUCGAUGAAGGUCUACCAACUUCGUCGACGACGUAAUAAAAGUGUUCAUUUGUUCCGUAAUACACCCAGCACAGGCUACUAAUCCUAGGUAGAAACCUACCUACCCAAUUAAUAACUAGUAGUAUGACAUGACGUGUCUUUGUAACUAAGCGACACAAGCUUUCGUAUUUUGUCCAUUAAAAAUUAAACUUAUUUAAACUUAAGACAGUUUUUUUACAAGAAUUUUGUACUUUAUUUAUAUUGCAUAAUAAAUAUAAAUAUAAAAUUCACACAUACAAUUUAUUUUUGGAGUCAAUGACCUCACUUUCCCGAUUCCCGCUUAUAAAUUUCGCGAUUGUGACAUAACUAGGUAUAAUGUGCCUACUACGGAUGAAGUAACGGCAUAGUUACCUUACCUAUACAUAUAUUAUGCAUACUAAGGUAGACAAACAAUAAGGCGAACAAAUACCCAUUAAAAAGUAAAAAGUAAUUAGAAGUGUUGUUAAUUACGUUUUUAAUUAUAUGAUUUACCAAAAUCAGUCUUAGUCAUUGAUUAACAGUAAAACAUGCCAGUAAUAUAUUAGAAAAGAAAAAUCUAGGAUUCAAGGUCUUUCUGUUAUCAUCAUCCUUACUGAUGAAAAGUUCAAUAUCAACGAUUUAGAUUGAGCUAAUGACUUUUUACAACUUUCCAAUUAUCAUCAAUGCAGAUAUCAAUGUAAACCAGCGCCACCUUUUGAUAACAUUACGAAACAAAUCAAGUAACUUUCGCCUUUCGAUUUUGUCUAUCAGAAUAUUCGAAUGUUUUAAAUUGUAAAUAGAAAUACAAAAAGAAUGAAACCUUUAUACUUAAGUUAACUAUGUUUCUAACUUACGACAAAAUUUAAAUAAAGCUCGCUUUUAUGUCUGAAGCGCGCAUGCUCAAAGGGUAAAUGAAUCAAUAUCAGGUGUUAGGUGCCGCGGGUCACGCAACCGGAUUUGUUUUUAGUUUAGUUUGAAUAGUCCUUAUAAUUUUUAAUAGUUGGGGUAGGACAUAAAGUUUCACAGUGCGUUUGUGUGCCGGCGAUACGGCCGUGGCGGACGGAGAGGGUUCUGUGGUCGCGGGGGGCGUCGGCCUCGCCGUGAGUAGCAAGUGAAACAAGAUAUGCAGUAUGUAAAGAAGUUCAACAAGGAUCUGAAUGCAGCAAAUGAAAAUUAACAUUUGAGUGGUGCUUUCGAUGCACGGCAAAAAUGUAUAACAUGCUAAAGGUGUACCCUAGUCCGGGGGCGGCGCGCGGCGUGUGGGCGCUGCCGCAGCCGCCCCCCUGCACGAUGGCGGCGGAGGAGCCUCUGCCCCCGUGCUCCCCUAUGUCACCGGACGCGCCAGCAGCGCCCCCGAGGACUAUAACCAGCAUCAAUCAGCAUUCUGACCUACAUCAGCUCAUUUUUGAAGCUGUGCGAUCCGGGGAAGUGUCAGAAAUUGAGAGGCUUGUAGAAAAACUGGGUGUAGAAGUGCUGAGCGCUCGAGAUCAGCAUGGGUACACUCCAGCUCACUGGGCUGCACUGGACGGCAGCGUCGCCGUCAUGCGCUACCUCAUAGAACGAGGAGCACCUAUUGAUCUCUCUUGUUUAGGCACGCAGGGCCCCCGUCCGAUCCACUGGGCUUGCCGCAAGGGCCACGCGUCUGUGGUUCAGGUUCUGUUGCAAUCUGGAGUUGCUGUCAAUGCUGCUGAUUUCAAAGGUUUAACACCUCUGAUGACAGCUUGCAUGUAUGGAAAGACCGCAACGGCUGCAUAUCUCCUGGGCAUGGGUGCAGCGACCAGGCUUUCAGACAUCAAUGGAGACACCGCCCUCCAUUGGGCAGCAUACAAGGGUCACGCAGAUUUAGUACGCCUGCUAAUUUAUUCAGGAGUACCUUUGCACUGCACUGAUAAUUUCGGUUCCACGCCAUUACAUUUGGCCUGUCUCUCUGGAAAUCUGACUUGCGUUAGGUUGCUCUGUGAGAAGGUCAAGGCUGAACUGGAACCUCGUGAUAAAAAUGGGAAAACUCCGUUAAUGCUAGCUCAAAGUCAUCGACAUAUUGAAGUGGUGAAAUUACUGCAAAAAGAGAUGAAACGUAAAUCUCAUUGGAUGCCACCACUCUCAGAGCUAUGGGCUCUCUUAUUUGGAGGGGCAGGGGACUCUAAGGGACCCCUACUUUUCUUCCUAGUAUCAGUACUUCUAUGGGGUUAUCCAAUGUAUAUAAUUAGAUGCAUACCUUUGACUUGGAAUACAUUGCGUCUAUCUCAUUAUUGCUUUCUAUAUUGGAAUGCCAUUAUGUGGUUAAGCUGGGUAAUCGCUAAUAGACGGGAUCCGGGCUACAUGCCACAGAAUUCGGAGACCUAUUACAGAGCUAUCAGGCAGAUCCCGUACUACGACAAAUGGAAGAAGAGGAAUGUUAUUCUGUCCCGGUUGUGCCAUACAUGUCGGUGUUUGCGACCCUUGAGGGCUAAACAUUGCCGUAUCUGCAAACGUUGUGUGGCCUAUUUCGACCACCACUGCCCCUUCAUCUACAACUGUGUGGGUGUCCGCAACAGGAUGUGGUUCUUCCUGUUUGUGAUGAGCGUGGCUAUAAACUGCACUCUGUCCAUAUACUUCGCUUGCUACUGCCUUUUACUUGAAGGAUUUGGGCUCCUUUAUGUCCUGGGGCUAUUGGAAGCUAUCACUUUUUGUGCCUUGGGAUGGAUCCUCACAUGUACUUCCAUUCUACACGCCUGCAUGAAUUUGACGACGAACGAAAUGUUCAAUUACAAAAGAUAUCCCUAUUUGAGAGAUAAAAGGGGUCGUUAUCAGAAUCCGUUUUCCCGGGGCCCUAUUAUGAACUUAAUCGAGUUCUUUGUGUGCCUACCCGACAAAUGCGACGAACAAGAUAUAUUCCACGAGGAGAACAUAUGAUGCGAAAUGCAAUGACAUAACGACCUUACUCGGAAACGGUCUCAGAAUAUAAUUUCAUUAUAAAUUCUAUUUUUGCUAUGAUUCUUCAUUAGCUAGGAACCUAUAAAUAAAUCUACACAACAUAGGAGUCUACGUGAGGAUGAUUGCCUUAACGAUCUAUGUCGUUAUAAAACGGCAUUACGUGAAAUGAUCGCCUCUAAAAUGGCUUUUUGAUAGCGAGACAGAAUAACGGCUUGUUCAUAAAAAAGUUAUGCCUAGCCUUAUUUUGACUUUAGAAAGUUCCGACUCUCAAAUAAAGAUCAAAGCACCGCUUGUUUGAGCUGGUACAUGAUGUUCUUUCACUUAUAGCCUAGGUUACUGAGUACAAACACGUUUUUUGAUCUAAAGAAUGGCAGAUUGUACUGGAUCUACCUCACGCUUUAGCACACGAAUUAGUCUUACAGUUUUAAAUAAAUUGUUUUCAUGUCUAUCGAUUUCUCCAAUGGGAUAACGUAGAUAAAGAUAUUAUGAAUAUCAUUAUAAACUAAGUACAUACUUUGAAAUCUCUAUUUGUAUGUAAGAAAAUGUCACUAUACAAUUCUUGCAAUAAAAAAAUCUUAAAUAUAUUUAUAUUCUUGUUGUGCAAUUUACUACUAUUAUAAAGAAACAGU